AGGAGUCGUGACUGCCGAACGCGGGGACCCGUAGCGAAGGUUGGGCCGGAGGCUGCCGGGCGGCGCAGCGGUGUGCGUGGGAGUUCCGUGUCCCUGCGUCCCGUUGCAUGGCCCUCGCGCGGCCGCGCCAGCACUGAGGGAGCCGAGUUCGCGCCGCCCUCUCACCCCUCCCCUCCCCCACCCCACCCCCGGGAGCCAGGCGCUCGCUCCGGGCCGCGGGGCCUAGUGUUGCGCCGCGGGCUCGCCGAGGAGCCGCCGCCUUCCGGGCCGCCGCCGCCGCCGCCGCGAUGGCGCCGCUCCUGGGCCGCAAGCCCUUCCCGCUGGUGAAGCCGCUUCCCGGCGAGGAGCCGCUCUUCACCAUCGCGCACACUCAGGAGGCUUUCCGCACCCGGGAAGAGUAUGAGGCCCGCCUGGAAAGGUACAGUGAGCGCAUUUGGACCUGUAAGAGUACCGGAAGCAGUCAGCUAACACACAAGGAGGCCUGGGAGGAGGAACAGGAAGUUGCUGAACUUUUGAAGGAAGAAUUCCCUGCCUGGUACGAGAAACUUGUUCUGGAAAUGGUUCACCAUAACACAGCCUCUCUAGAGAAGUUAGUAGAUACUGCUUGGUUGGAGAUCAUGACCAAAUAUGCUGUGGGAGAAGAGUGUGAUUUUGAGGUUGGGAAGGAAAAAAUGCUCAAGGUGAGGAUUGUGAAGAUUCAUCCUUUGGAGAAAGUGGAUGAAGAGGCCACUGAGAAGAAAUCAGACGGUGCCUGUGAUUCUCCCUCAAGUGACAAAGAGAAUUCUAGCCAAAUUGCUCAGGAUCAUCAGAAGAAGGAGCCAAUUGUAAAAGAGGAUGAAGGAAGGAGAGAGAGUAUUAAUGACAGAGCACGUAGAUCUCCACGAAAACUCCCUACUUCAUUAAAAAAAGGAGAAAGGAAAUGGGCUCCGCCAAAAUUUUUGCCUCACAAAUAUGAUGUGAAAUUACAAAAUGAAGAUAAGAUCAUCAGUAAUGUGCCAGCAGACAGCUUGAUUCGUACAGAACGCCCACCAAAUAAGGAGAUACUUCGAUACUUUAUACGGCAUAACGCAUUACGGGCUGGUACUGGUGAAAAUGCACCAUGGGUGGUAGAAGACGAAUUGGUGAAGAAAUAUUCCCUGCCUAGCAAGUUCAGUGACUUUUUACUUGAUCCAUACAAGUACAUGACUCUCAACCCUUCUACUAAGAGGAAGAAUACUGGAUCCCCAGAUAGGAAGCCUUCAAAAAAAUCCAAGACAGACAACUCUUCUCUGAGUUCACCACUAAAUCCCAAGUUAUGGUGUCACGUACAUUUGAAGAAAUCCUUGAAUGGCUCACCACUCAAAGUGAAGAACUCAAAGAAUUCCAAGUCUCCAGAAGAACAUCUGGAAGAAGUGAUGAAGAUGAUGUCACCCAACAAGCUACACGCCAACUUUCACAUUCCUAAGAAAGGCCCACCUGCCAAGAAAUCAGGGAAGCAUAGUGACAAACCUUUGAAAGUGAAGGGUAGAAGCAAAGGCAUCCUUAAUGGACAGAAAUCCACAGGUAAUUCCAAAUCUCCUAAAAAGGGCUUGAAGACUCCUAAAACCAAAAUGAAGCAGAUGACUUUGUUGGAUAUGGCCAAAGGCACUCAGAAGAUGACCCGAGCCCCACGGAAUUCUGGGGGUACACCCAGGUCUUCUAGUAAACCCCAUAAACAUCUGCCUCCUGCUGCCCUACACCUUAUUGCCUACUACAAAGAAAACAAAGACAGGGAGGACAAGAAGAGUGCCCUGUCCUGUGUUAUCUCGAAAACAGCUCGUCUGCUCUCCAGUGAAGAUAGAGCUCGUCUCCCAGAAGAGCUGCGAAGUAUUGUUCAAAAACGCUUUGAGCUUCUAGAACAUAAAAAGCGGUGGGCCUCUAUGUCUGAAGAGCAGCGCAAAGAAUAUUUGAAAAAGAAACGAGAGGAGCUGAAAGAAAAGUUGAAGGAGAAAGCCAAGGAGAGGAGAGAGAAAGAAAUGCUUGAGAAACUGGAAAAGCAGAAGAGGUACGAGGACCAAGAGUUAACUGGCAAAAGCCUUCCGGCGUUUAGGUUGGUGGAUACCCCCGAAGGGCUGCCCAACACACUGUUUGGGGACGUGGCCAUGGUGGUGGAGUUCUUGAGCUGUUACUCUGGGCUACUCUUACCAGAUGCUCAGUAUCCUAUUACUGCUGUGUCCCUCAUGGAAGCCUUGAGUGCAGAAAAAGGUGGCUUUUUAUAUCUGAAUAGAGUGUUGGUCAUCCUCUUACAGACCUUAUUGCAAGAUGAAAUAGCAGAAGACUAUGGCGAAUUGGGAAUGAAGCUGUCAGAAAUCCCUCUGACCCUACAUUCUGUCUCGGAGCUGGUGCGGCUCUGCUUGCGCAAAUCUGAUGUUCAGGAAGAAAGCGAGGGCUCAGACACGGACGACAAUAAAGAUUCAGCACCAUUCGAGGAUAAUGAAGUACAAGAUGAGUUCCUAGAGAAGCUGGAGACCUCGGAGUUUUUUGAACUGACGUCAGAAGAGAAGCUCCAGAUCUUGACGGCCCUCUGCCACCGCAUCCUCAUGACAUACUCGGUGCAAGACCACAUGGAAACCAGACAGCAGAUGUCUGCAGAGUUGUGGAAAGAGCGGCUUGCUGUACUGAAGGAAGAGAAUGAUAAGAAGAGAGCAGAGAAACAGAAAAGGAAAGAAAUGGAAGCCAGAAACAAGGAAAAUGGAAAAGAGGAGAAUGGGCUGGGCAAAACUGAUAGGAAAAAAGAGGUUGUGAAGUUUGAACCCCAGGUAGAUGUGGGAGCUGAAGACAUGAUUAGCGCGGUGAAGAGCAGGCGGUUGCUCGCCAUCCAGGCUAAGAAGGAGCGGGAGAUCCAGGAGAGAGAAAUGAAAGUGAAACUAGAACGUGAAGCUGAAGAAGAACGAAUACGAAAGCACAAAGCAGCUGCUGAGAAGGCUUUCCAGGAAGGAAUUGCCAAGGCAAAGCUGGUCAUGCGCAGGACUCCUAUUGGUACAGAUCGAAACCAUAACAGAUACUGGCUUUUCUCAGAUGAAGUUCCAGGAUUGUUCAUUGAAAAAGGCUGGGUACAUGACAGCAUCGACUACCGAUUCAAUCACCGCAAAGACCGUGCGGACUCUCCUGAUGAGGAUUACUGUCCCCGAAGUAAGAAAGCAAACCUAGGCAAAAACGUAAGCAUGAACGUACAACCUGGCCCAUCAGCAGAAGUUGCUGUGGAGACCACCAUACCCAAACAAGGACAGAAUCUAUGGUUUUUAUGUGAUAGUCAGAAGGAACUGGAUGAGUUGCUAAACUGCCUUCACCCUCAGGGAAUAAGAGAAAGUCAACUUAAAGAGAGACUGGAGAAGAGGUACCAGGACAUUAUUCAUUCUAUUCAUCUGGCCCGGAAGCCAAAUUUGGGUCUAAAAUCCUGUGAUGGCAACCAGGAGCUUUUAAACUUUCUUCGUAGUGAUCUCAUUGAAGUUGCAACAAGGUUACAAAAGGGGGGACUUGGUUAUGUGGAAGAAACAUCAGAAUUUGAAGCCCGGGUGAUCUCAUUAGAGAAACUGAAGGAUUUUGGUGAGUGUGUGAUUGCCCUACAAGCCAGUGUCAUAAAGAAGUUUCUCCAAGGCUUCAUGGCUCCCAAACAAAAGAGAAGAAAACUCCAAAGCGAAGAUUCAGCAAAGACAGAAGAGGUGGAUGAAGAGAAGAAAAUGGCAGAGGAAGCAAAGGUUGCGUCUGCUCUGGAGAAAUGGAAGACAGCAAUCCGUGAAGCUCAGACUUUUUCCAGAAUGCAUGUUCUACUUGGGAUGCUUGAUGCCUGUAUCAAGUGGGAUAUGUCAGCAGAAAAUGCUAGAUGCAAAGUUUGUCGAAAGAAAGGUGAGGAUGACAAACUGAUCUUGUGUGAUGAAUGUAACAAAGCCUUCCACCUGUUUUGUCUGAGGCCAGCCCUCUAUGAGGUGCCAGAUGGUGAGUGGCAGUGCCCCGCUUGCCAGCCUGCUACUGCCAGGCGCAACUCCCGUGGCAGGAAUUACACUGAAGAGUCUGCCUCUGAGGACAGUGAAGAUGAUGAGAGCAAUGAAGAGGAGGAAGAGGAGGAGGAGGAGGAGGAGGAAGAAGAUUAUGAGGUGGCUGGUUUGCGAUUGAGACCUCGAAAGACUGUCCGGGGCAAGCAUGGUGUCAUCCCUCCUGCAGCGAGGCCAGGACGACGGCCAGGCAAGAAGCCUCAUCCUGCUAGGAAGUCUCGGCCGAAGGUACCACCUGUGGACGACGCUGAGGUGGAGGAGCUGGUACUCCAGACCAAGCGGAGCUCCCGGAGGCAAAGCCUGGAGUUGCAGAAGUGUGAAGAGAUCCUCCACAAGAUUGUGAAGUACCGCUUCAGCUGGCCUUUCAGGGAGCCGGUGACCAGAGACGAGGCCGAGGAUUACUAUGAUGUCAUCACCCACCCCAUGGACUUCCAGACAAUGCAGAACAAAUGUUCCUGUGGGAGCUACCGCUCUGUGCAGGAGUUUCUUACUGACAUGAAGCAAGUGUUUACCAAUGCUGAGCUCUACAACUGCCGGGGCAGCCAUGUGCUAAACUGUAUGGUGAAGACAGAACAGUGUCUGGUGGCUCUGUUGCAUAAACACCUUCCUGGCCACCCAUAUGUCCGCAGGAAACGCAAGAAGUUUCCCGAUCGGCUUGCUGAAGAUGAAGGGGACAGUGAGUCAGAGCCCAUUGGACAGUCCAGGGGACGAAGGCAGAAGAAAUAGAGAGGCAGGGCCCUGGUGACGCUAUCAGUGAGUGCCACACCACGUUCUGUAUUCACCAGCAUCAUGAGACACUUGUGCUCCUUUGAGUUGCUCUUGGCAGAGUAAAGGGACACGUCCCGGAGCCAUUCCUGAAUCUAACCCCUCCCCCUCUUUGUGACCGCUCUCUCCCUGCUCCCACCCCACCCCACCUCACCCCCUCAGAAAAAACAAAAAAACAAAAAAAACUUAAAAAAAAAACUAAAAAAAACCCACAAAAAACCUAAGGCACUUCACUUAGAGACUGGAGUCCUGCUUAUAAUCAUGCAUAUAACCUUUACUUCAAUGGGUCUGGCCAGAGGGGUGUUGGAGCCCAGCCCACCCACGUACCAGACAAGCUCUUAGGGGAGAAGAAAAGCAGGAAGAAUUUAAAUGUUUAAUUUUUUUUAAUUGACUUUUCUAGUUAUUAAAAGUUGCUUGUUUCAGCAGUGAUAUUGUAUAAAGAACAUCUUGUAAGAUAUUUCUGUCAUCUUGCUUUGGCACAUGUACAGUACAGUUUAUAUGAUAACGUGUUCGCUUUACUUUGCCCCGUCUCCUCCCUCAGCCCAUCCUCUCUCCUUCAGAGAAGCCGGGCUGGAGGGUCAUCGGGGCAGGUGGUGGGACCUGGGGGGGAAGGGCUGUCCCUCUGCCUGCCCCGAGCGCCGAUUCUGCCGCCUCCAUCUACAGCCGCCACCUCCCGCCUCCCCCCACCGUGUCCCCACGAAGCUGAAUCUUGCCGGUCCGCCAGCUGCGCGUGGGGUGGGAGUGGGGGGGUGUGGAGGAGCUCUGCCGGCCCUUCCGCAAGGAGUCUGGCGUUAGUGGCUCUGGUUGGGCAGGACUUCCUAGUCGUCUUUCCCUUUUAUGGCAGAUUUUGAUAAAAUGCAAAACAGGGUUUAAUUUUCUUUUCUACCAGCUUUGAAUUUAGCAAAUGUGAGCACCUCAGCUCUUCUGUAACUAUUUAAGUUAAGGGAAAACAUGUCCACCAAGGGGAUUGCAGCUCCUAGAACUUGAGAAUAAAGCCUCUUAAUACUGAA